AAGAACUCCAGCAGUGAGGGUCAGGUUCUGUCCUUGCCUACAGUCCUGACUAGAAGGAUCCUUAUCCAGGCCUGGGACUUGAUAAACUCUCAGGAACCAUGGAAGUCAGGCCUAUCGGCUGGAUUUGUGGGCAGGUGCUGAAGAACUUCUCUGGAAGACUUGAGGGACUCCAGAAGGCAAUGAUGGACCUUAUAGAUGAGUUUAAAGAUGAACUCCCUGGCAUCCUAAGAUUAUCACAGUCUAACCAGAAAAGAGAUCCAGUGCAGAAAACAUCUAAGGUCAGAAUGGCUGUAGCUUUAGCCAAGAUCAACCGGGGAACAUUAAUUCAAGGAUUAAACAGCAUAUCCAGCUCUUCCAAAUCAGUGGCCAAACUUCUGCAGCCACAGCUGGCAUGUAGACUCUUAGAGCUGAGGAACAUAUCUCACCGGCUGCUGAGGGAGGUGAAUGCGCCGAGUCAACCCCUGUACAGCACGCAGGCCAGAAAGGGUUCUUUGUUUGACAUCAUUUCUUUUCCAGCAAAAACUGCUUUAACUAGCAUAAUGUAUGCUUCCUACGCAGCACUAAUUUAUUUGGCAGUCAGUGUUAAUGCUGUGCUGGCGAAGAUAAAGAACAUUUUUCAAGAAGAAGAAUCCAUAAGGCAGAAUAGAGAGAAUGAAAAUUUUAGAAAAGCCUUUUCUGAACCCGCGCUUCCAGAGCCCAACUUUUCUGAAGGUGAAAUCAAAGCAAAACCUUACAGGUCAUUGCCAGAGAAGCCAGACAACCUUUUAGACCACCCCAAGCCUCCUGCCAACAAGCAGAGCAACAAGAUCCAAGUUCUACAUUCUGUGUUUGACCAGUUAGCUGAAUUGAAUGAAAGAGAAAUCCAGACACAAAGACCACUUUAGAGAGCUCAACAGUCAUCCAUCCAUGGGUACAUUUCAUCAGACAAAACCAAAACACCAGUUUACAUAUGCUGAAUGCUCUCUUAAAAGGGGG